CAACAAUGAGAUAGCACGUUGGCACAGCGCUAAAUUCAGGCCAGUUCCGCAUACAUCAUAAAGCACGCACGAGCAACUAAUUGUACAAUGUCCCACGUUUAACGGUUCUGUAAUAUAAGAAUCGCUAAAAUUGUCUCGCUGUUUGACAAAGGGUAUCGUCAUGGCUCAUGCGAAGAGGAGUUACAAAAUUAAACCCCGGUGCUAUGACGCCAGCAAUAUGGGCAAUGGGCAUCGGCCACGCUGCACUGGGCAUACACGAUGACCCCACGCUACAGAGUUUAAAGUGCUAAACUUUAUAUACUCCGCUUUUUUGCCUCUGAGCUUGACUCACCACUCAGCAACACAGCGCGCUUGGAAUGCCGACGUCGCCACCUCAUUCUCGAGUUGAAAGUUUGGCGGGGACUUCUACUCCUCCCAUUUCAAAUCUAGCAUUGGCAGCAGAUCUGACAGAUCAGAUAUUCGGUACAAUCAAGGACUAUGUCGCUGGAGGUGCAUUCGGAAACGUUUACAGAUGUGAAUGGAGACAGGAGUCGGGCACUACGGUCAAGGUUGCAGUAAAAUCCUUCAGGUUUUACGCCUCAGAGCAGGACUUAAGAAGAUUUCGACGAGAAGCCGCAAUCUGGGCGCACCUCGUCCAUGACAAUAUCGUCACACUUUAUGGAACGACUGAGGGGUUUGGGCCAUCCUCAUCUCUUGUCUCCCAGUGGUUUCCGCACGGCACGCUGCUCCGUCUGAUAACGGAACAGGGAGCUACAUUGGGUAUUAGGUCCAAAUUGAAACUGCUUCACGGCAUAGCAUCUGGGCUCUACUAUCUUCACUCCUUUCCCGUUGUUCACGGCGACAUUACGAGCUCCAACAUUUUGGUAGACAUUAAGGACGGAGAGUACAAGGCAUGUCUUACGGACUUCGGGUUGUCGAAUGUCAUCGGCGAACUUGUAGGCGCCCACCCGGUUGAAGGAUCAACUGUUCGGCCUGGCGCAGUCAGGUGGACUGCGCCUGAGUUACUAGGGCGCCAUCAUGGUGUCAAACCGACCACGCAGAAUGACAUGUAUUCCUUUGGUCGUGUCAUGUAUCAUGUAUUAACUUCCAUCAUUCCUUGGCGUGAUAUCGACGAGUAUAGAGUCAUUCAAAAAAUCCUUAACGGAGAGGAUAUCUCUCGUCCUGAGAUACCCAAUGCGAUGUCUGACAUGACGAACGCCUGCUGGAAUUGGAUCGAGCGGUGUUGGUCAGUUGAUCCAUCUGCUCGUCCAUCUGCCUUGGAGGCCAUGGACUUCGUAAAGAGCGAACUGGAGGCUUUGACAGACAACGAAAGUCAUCAACCACCACAGUCUCCUUUGGAAACCCUCAUUGUGUCAUCAAUCCAAACCGACCUCUCCGCAGUCUCACCGCUGUCAAUGUCGGGUUCUUUCAACGUUUUACUUUUCGGAGAGACUGGAGUUGGAAAAAGCUCCAUCAUCAACUUGAUCAUGGGACAAGACGCUGCACAGACAUCCCCAGAUGCAGAACCCUGCACACUCACGCAUACCGCCUACGAAGUCAUUCUCGGAAUCCGUCGCUUCAAACUUUGGGAAGUUUCGUCAAUCGACUCAAUGGGUUUUUUCCAGUCCCUUUUUUACAAAUGGCGCCUGAAAAAGACGUACAAGAAGUUGUACAAAGAUGAUGGUGUCUACCUUCUCUUGUACUGCAUGAGGGGAUCGAGGGCCCAGAGAGCCAUGAUCCGGGAUUAUAAAUUUUUCACUGACGUCGUCGGCUCCAGCGCCGGGCCAGGCCGCGUACCAGUCGCCGCUGUUGUCAACAACUUGGAGGAUUAUUCCACUGACAUGGAUAAGUGGUGGCUGAGGAACGAGGACAAUCUGGGAAAACUCGGGAUGCGGUUCUCAGCACAUGCUUGUAUCACUUCGCUCCCUCAGUACCCAAGCGAACCACCUGGAAUGCGAGCACGUCGACUGCAAUCACAGCGGGCUAUCCGCACUCUCAUCCACGAAUCCUAUCAAGCAGGUAGAACGCCCGGCAAUUCUAAUCCGCCUUCGAUUAGUUGCGCAUUAUGAUUUAUGGAGAGGGUCACCCUGGCUGGCCACUGCACGUCACGGUUACAAAAUCGCUGUACUAGUAAUUAAGUAUAAUGCGUCAUCCUGUCGAUGACCGUUCUGCGUUGCUAUGUAUGACCGAUACAAGUAUAUCAUUUAUGUUACACUGUACUACUUAGUACUAUGUAGAGUUUGAUACUUUACAUGGCUGUCACAUCAUCGUCUUGCUCGCAAAA